AGUUGUAAUAGGGGUCUGUCUCCGUCUGCAGAAUUCAAGAAUAUAUCUGUAGACCACGUGACCGUAGUUGUCCAGUGAAAACAGAGAAUUUUGUUUGAUGUGGAAUAAGUAUAAUUACACACUAAGACUAUUGUCCCUGUAUACCCUAGCUGUGUGCAAUGCCAUCUGUCCCCGACCUAGAUCUGGAAAUAUCACAGUACAUCAUGAAAUAAGCGAAUACAAAGAAAAAGCUUAAGCAGAAGGCGUAAGCCUGAACCACGUUAUUACUUGUACCAAACGUUGAAUCUUAAGUCCUAUUGACUGCACCUAGGCGAAAAUGGUGACCUCCACCUUACUGCUCCUCACGUUGCUGUUACAUUCUGCCACGGUUUUGGCCUGGCAAAACAGCUGGGACCGGCCUCUCCACUUUAGUUGCCCGGAAAAUCAGUACAUUUAUAGAGUGGAAAAUCGGCAUGACAACUAUCACGAAGACAGACUGUGGCAUCAUAUCUGCAGGGAUCUUCCUACAGGGGCAAGACUGGGACAGUGCACGUGGCGCAACGACCAAAAUGGCUUGGACGGUCUGUUUGCUUUUCGAUGUGUUGGAAACCGAGCCGUUGUUGGAGUAGACAGUCGUCAUUAUAAUCAUAGAGAAGACAAUCAUAGAGUUUUUGGAUUUCUUUGCUGUUACAUUGUGGGGCUCAGAUUGGAUGACUGCUAUGUAACCAGUUUUAUUAAUGAGCUUGACAAGUUUUUUAGUUAUUGGGUGCCACACAACCAUACUAUUACUGGUAUGACUAGUGUUCACACCAACGGAAUAGAGUAAGUAUGAGUAACUACAAAAAACAUUCUAUUCACCUUUCUAAAAAUUUGAAAGUUAUUUUAAGUUAAGAUUUUUAGGUGAAGCCAGGGAAAAGCCAGUGCACCUCAAGGUGUGACUGACAAACACCCUGACAUACACUCACAAUUAGUCGGAUCAGUUUUAUACUGCACCAUAUAGGGUGUGCAUAGCGUGGGAUGCAAUACUUAUGUGCAUGUACACUAUUCAGUCAAACGUUGCCACUGAGCUAUUUAUAGCCUCGUUUAUGUACAGUACACCCAAGUUGAUCUUUUCGCGUUUCGUCUUAGUGGAGGCUGUUUUGAAAGUGAAACUAUUCAAGCUCAGGCUUUUCCCUUGUUUUGUAAUUGGAAUCUUUUCAAAUAUCAUAUAGGUACAUUUAACAUCUUUCAUCGUCAACGAUAUAAAUGUUUGAUUGCGCUGAUAAUUUGUUGGUUUGUUCUCGACCUAUCUGUACCUACAUAGGCUUUGUAACAUAGGCAGACUGAGUGAAUAAUAAUAAGUAAACAUUUAUGUGAUUUGCCAAGUAUGUUAGCAAACUUAACGUUUAUCUAACUAAUCUAAAACAAUUAUAUAACAAUGUAACAAUUAAAAGGGACCUUUGUUUUGUGGAUGUUGAAUUCAUGUUGAGAAAUUAAUCAGAUAUAUAAUUAUAUAAAGGAACGUUAUGUAACUUCCUAUGACAAAGCACUCCUAAAAUCAGUUGUCAUUUUUUCAGACGAAGUGUUUGAGAAUCACGAAAGUUAUGACGUAAGUAACAUUGUCAUGGUGGAUCAUUAAGGAUGAACCACAGGACAUGCAGCAGCUUUUCAAAUGCACCGACUUAGGGCAGUGUAUGAGAAGAAAAAUCCAAAAAUGACCACGGGUAUAUCAUAUCACUACAUGGUAAAUCCCUGCAAACACUGAGAAUAUGUGUAUUUCACAUUUACACAUGAGGUACUAAUAAACAGAAAGUGGCAAAU